UCAAUAUUCAAAGGUUUCUUCCUGCGCUUUGUGGCGGCUGUGCCUUCUCUCUCAAUCACUCUCUGUGGCUAUGAAGUUUCUCAGAGUCUUCAAAGUCAAACCUUCCAACUUCAAACACAGAGGAACCACCCCUGCUCCCCAUUUCUCUACUCUCUCCGAACCCCAAACAUCGAUCUCCGAAGCCACCCUCCUCCAUUCAAUCCAAUCCUCUCAGUGGCAUUUCGUCGAACACCUCGCCCCCAACCUCACCCCUUCCCUCCUUUCUUCCACCCUCACCGCCCUCCACCACUCCCCCCACCUCGUCCACCACCUCGUCACCCUCCUCCUCCGCCACCACCACCUUCCCUCCCUUGACCUCACCACCCAUUGCCUCUCCCUCUGCAUCCUCUCUCGCCUCUCCUCCCCAAAACCCGCCAUUGACCACUUCAAGCACCUCAUUCACUCUUCCAUUUCCCCCACCCAGGACAUUUUUAAUGAGCUAUCACUUGCCCAUGAUCACUUCAGUGCCAAGACUAGUAGUACCAUUGUCUUUGAUCUUAUGAUCAAGGCUUAUUGUGAGCUCAAGAAGCCCAAUGAGGCCAUGGAGUGUUUCUCCUUGAUGAAAGGAAAAGGGGUUGUUCCCAAAGUUGAAACUUGUAACCAGAUGCUGAGUUUGUUCUUGAAAUUGAAUAGGACUCAGAUGGCUUGGGUUCUUUAUGCUGAGAUGUUCAGGAUGAAGAUUAAGUCCAGUGUCUACACUUUUAACAUAAUGAUCAAUGUGUUGUGUAAAGAAGGGAAGUUGAGCAAGGCAAAAGAGUUCAUUGACCAAAUGGAUGCUCUUGGUGUCAAGCCCAGUGUUGUUACUUAUAACACCAUGAUCCAUGCUUACUGUUCGAGAGGAAGACUCAAAGGGGCAAGCUUGAUCUUUGAAACGAUGAAGGGUAAAGGUCUUGCGCCGGAUGCUUACACUUAUAACUCUUUCAUUAGCGUGGUAACAUGUUGGAGUUUGGCUUGAUUCCCAAUGCAGUGACAUAUAAUGCAUUGAUUGAUGCUUACUGCAACAAAGGGGACCUGGGGAAGGCUUUUGCGUACAGGGAUGAGAUGAUAAGCAAAGGCAUAGUGCCAUCUAUGGUAACCUACAAUGUGGUUAUUCAUGCACUGUUUAUGGAAGGGAGGACAGGGGAAGCUGAUGAUAUGAUCAAAGAGAUGCAAGAAAAGGGGAUGAAUUUGGAUGCUGUUACAUAUAACAUAUUGAUUAAUGGGUAUUGCAGAUGUGGGGAUGCAAAGAAAGCCUUUGAGCUUUACGAUGAAAUGGAGAGGGAAAGGAUUCGACCAACACUGGUAACUUACACAUCGCUUAUAUAUGUUCUGGGUAAAAGGGACAGAAUGGUAGAGGCAGAUAACUUGUUUAACAAGAUUCAACAAGAAGGUCUGUUGCCAGAUAUCAUAAUGUUUAAUGCAUUGAUUAGUGGUCACUGCGCAAAUGGUAACAUCAUUCGCGCAUUUGAACUCUUAAAAGAGAUGAACCGGAUGAAGGUUCUACCGGAUGAAGUCACUUAUAAUACCCUGAUGCAAGGAUACUGCAGGGAGGGGAAGGUGGAAGAAGCUCGCAAACUUCUUGAUGAGAUGAAAAGAAAGGGGAUCAAGCCUGAUCAUAUUAGUUACAAUACACUCAUUAGUGGAUACAGUAAAAAGGGCGAUAUGAAGGAUGCUUUUAGAGUUCGUGAUGAAAUGUUGACCACAGGAUUUAAUCCUACACUUCUUACUUACAAUGCUCUUAUACAAGGCUUAUGCAGAAAGAGAGAAGGAGAGCAUGCUGAAGAGCUUCUCAGAGAAAUGGUAAGUAAAGGCAUUACCCCUGAUGACAGCACCUACCUGUGUGUGAUUGAGGCAAUGGAGAAUGUUGAAGAAGUGGUGGGAAAUGAUGAUCAAUAACCUUUUGCCGGUGCUCAUUGGCUCGAAGUUGAAUAUGGAAAUAUCGGUGUUCGAGAAGAAAUUCAUUUACACAGAGGGAACUCGUGCGGGAACUCCUAUCUUUGAAGGUUGGUGGAUGUAAGUCUCUUGGAAUUCUUGGCUUCUACAAGAUGCAUUAUGGGAUGAAAAUGUGCCUGUACCGUAUAUGAACAAGUUUUAAUGCAGUUCUUGGGAAAGUAUAAUGUUCUUUUGCUAAUUUCUUUUGUUGUAAGAUUAUUAUAAUUUUUUUAAUAAUUUUCUUUCAGUUUUG